AUGAAUACCCCCAGCACACCCCACUGGCCAGACCGCGCGAGCUCAGUCAAUAUAAACGGCCGUUGUACCAGGAAAUCCCGAGGGCCAAACAGCGUGGACUCUGUCGCAGUCACCUGCUGCAUCCCAGUGUACCUGGCCCAUCAAUUGAAGACCCGCGGAACACCCGACCUGCCCUUUCAAUGCGUACAGCCUCUUGUGGUAAAGACCUUGGUCGCGGUGGAAUGCGCGGUGGAACGACUGAAGGACAUCAACCGGCAAGAGACGAUCGUAAUGGAAAAGAAAGCCAUCUCGAUCAGCAUGCCAUCCGCUCUCUACAACCACUACACAUAUGGCACCGACAUCGAGCUACUCGUUCCCUUUGAACUGAUCUUGUCCAUGAGGAGAGGAGACUUCGUCGACUUGCUCGCACACGAACGGGACCCUCUCAUCGUACGAACGCUGGUGGGGAUUGCGGAAGGGGUGGCGAGAACCGCGGCUGCGACACAGAUGCCCGCCCGCGCUCUCGCUCUAGCUAAGAGUGCAGCUGAGGCAUUCGGAUUGUGCAAGACUAUAGCUAUCGACGAGGAGCUGGUGCGAGACCACAACAACACCUCCAGAAACUCCAGCCCCAUCGUCGCCGGUGGAACAGAAGUCACCAACCGUCCGCUCUACCCCAUCCCCGAGGAAGCUGGAAGCGCCGCACAUGCCUUCAGGAUUCGCAUCGAGAUUGCCAAUGCUGUUCGCAGGCUGUACAAGGAUAUGCGGAUGGAGAACAUUGUUCUUGUGGUGAAGCGAUUUGGUGAGACGGAGUACUUGUGGGAUGUUACUUUUGGGGGCAAGUUGGUGAGGUUUCGGCCUUUGAAAGAGUGCGGUAUUGGGGAGGGAGAUGAGUUGAAGCUGUGGACUUCAUGA